AUGCCUAGGUUCACCAGCCAAAUGCUCGUCCUCUUUCUUGUCUUCCAGACGGCAGCAGUAGUCCUCCCAAGCUGCUGCUCUGCUCUGAGCACCUGCAAGUCCUACAACUUCCCAAGCAAUAAGACCUUCGACGCCUGUACCGACCUCCUAUCCCUGAAUGCCUACCUGCACUGGACCUACUCCUCCGCUACCCACUCCGCCAGCAUCGCCUAUCGAGCUACCCCAGGAUCGCCGGGAGGUUGGGUGGCCUGGGGAAUCAACCCCACCGGCCACGGCAUGAUCGGCACUCAGGCCUUGCUCGGCUUCGUUCACUCCGGCAACAUAACCGUAUACAGCACCAGCGUCAACGACAUGAAGCCAAAGUUAGCCGCCGAGAACUUGGCGACCUACUCGAAGCUGUCCGGCGAACUGUCGGGGAGGGAGUUCGUUAUCUAUGCAGUCGUCAACCUUCCGGCCGGCAACUUCGCGUCCGUAAGCUACACGUGGCAGACAGGCCCUGUGCAGAUUGGUCACCCACUCCCACACGCCCUCUUGCCAUCCAACCUUAAAUCUUUUGGGAAAUGGAACAUUCACUCCAAGCCAUAA